AGGGGGAAGAGAGAGAGAGAUAAAUGGCUAGCGAUGGACACCACACGACUCAAACUUCUGAAUCUCCCGACCGAAAUCCUGGUCAACAUCCUCAAGUUCUCCGCAUCCUCCACUUCACCUCCGCCCCACAAAACUCUCCUAAAUGUCGCGCUCACCUGUAGCGCCCUUCACCACGCUGUCUUCUGCACGGAAAACGAUCUCCUCUGGCGUGAACCCGCGCUGGCACUGGGAAUCCCGGAAUCCCUUCGUUUGGACCACGUUCUUUACCCCGGGAGCUCCACGCUGCAGAAGCGGCUCUGGCGAAACGUGGUCAAGCUAGAUCUGGCCUGGGGUCGCCCGUUCCCAGCGAAAACCCCAGCGGUUCCCAAGCAGCAGAGAGCGGCGCGACAACUUCCACCGGUGGAUAGGAAGGGGGAUUGGUUCGGACGGAGGGUUGUAGAGGUAUUCGUCGCGGGGGAGGGAGCCAGGCGGGAGAAUUCGUACGUUACAAAGCCGGCGAGUGUUAGGGACGAUGGCUGCGCGGUAUUUCAGGUCAAGCCCCCGGGUGGCCCCGGCGCCGGCAUUAUCCCGGGAUUGACGUACUCGCCGCUGGGUGGGCCAAAGGUUACCUGCGUGCUGGAUCCCGUGAUGGGUAAGCCGAGGGAAGUGGUUUCGGGGAAUAAUAGGUCACAUGGCUGGGUUGCGUCGCCGCUCCCGUUGCUCGCGGGGUGUGUCACGCCGUUUCCGGUGCAGGCGGGUUUUGUGUUUGAGGAAAAGGGCGGGGAGUAUAGAGUUCGCACAGUGGACGCAUCUACCGCGGCGCUAUCGCAUUCUUGGAACUUGGGAAAGAGAAAGCCUGAUCGCGUGGUUGCGAAUGGGGAGAUACUCGUCGCAGUCACCUAUGCUCAUCCCGAUAGCGAUAGCAAAACACCGCACAUCCCUAGUAAUCUGGUUUGUGUGGAGUCCUUUGGGGGGCAGGAAGGACGCAGUAGGUGGAAGGCUAGGACGCUGGCGAGCUCAAGGAUCAUUUGGGAAUUUGACCUUAGAUUUCGAUGGGCCCAAGAAAUGGGUGGAGACACGAACUCCCCUCACAGUGGAUUUACGAGCUUCCCUCACCUGAAGAACUUUCAUAUGACUAGGUUUGUCCUGAACUUUGACUCUGAUAGCCGUGCUCGAUUUGGGUACUGUAGCUGAUAAAUACCUCGCCAUGCAGAACUCACCUGGUCUGUCUGGUUACCCAGCACCCGACGGAAAACCUCGGAAAGCUAGUCGGCACAGAUUUCUACAUUCUAGGCCUGGAAACUGGUGGAACGGUAAAGCGCAUGAAGUUUAGCACAAAGUCUUCAUCCAUACUGUCCGGCAGUCUCCGAGCCGCCUUUACCACCGCUUUCUCACACGAAUUCCUCCUGACCGACACAUACAUUGUAUCGGGGGGAGCUGGAGGGGGCCUAUUGGUCUGGAAUUACGCCUCAGAUAGGCACGAACCUAUAUAUGUCAUUCCCGAUCCCCUGGCAUCGGAUAGCACGAGGUCGGAUGGCCCGGCGCCCUCCCUUCCCCGCCAAUAUUCCGCCCUGACAAUGAGCGGGGAUGGAAGGUAUGUCGCAGCGACAACGAGUGACCAGUUAUGGCUCUUCGAUAUGGUGGAUAAGAAGGUCCAUGCCGUUUACGGCAAUGGCCGCAAGAUCGAAGCCGGGGAUUACUACGCCAGGAACCCGGCUGACGAUUUCCCAGCGGGUGUAUGGUGCUGGUGGAAAGAGUGGAGGAGCAAGCGGAGCCAGAGCGGGGCAAUGAUCUGGGAAGAGGUUGAUGGGAGUGGGGGGGUUGCGUACCUUACCGGUCUCGACGGGGAGAAGAGGAAACUGAAAGUCGGGAAACUGCUGUUUGAUAUCGCGAUCGGGCCGCACUGGGGGUACCUGGCGCUCGCCAUGUCGUGCGGAUUGUAUAGUUACGUGAUGUUGAUGAUGCUGUGGGAGAAGAUUCUGAAGUAUUUUGAGAGCAGAGCUGGGGGUUAGUUAGUUAGCUGGGCAUGAUGGGGGUGGUUUGGAGUCCGUUUUGCGUUCAUCGGUAUGAUAGAAACUCUAUAGCCGGGAUAAUUCUUAAUGUGUAAUAAUAUCAUAACGGUAAUUGAUAUUGUGGGCGAUUUUAUCAACCCCCCGAAGGAUGGGGGGAUCGAUAACUCCGAGAACAAAUGCCAACCCCCCAUCGUAUUAUUUCUAUUUUAAAAAGGUACCGGUGAUGCGAUACCGGCAUCGUAUCAAUACGAGUGUCAUGAUACAGUACCGGCAUGGCUUUAUGCACACGGGU